AUGUUGGAAGAAUUCAAGCGUCUUAUUAGGAUCCCUAUGAGGAACAAGCCACUAUUUGAAGGGAUAGAUGAAUCUUUGCCCCUCGAGAUCAUUGCUAGUGCGCUUCACAUGGAUGAAAAGGAAGCAGAGGCUAACUUAGAGACCAAAGGGUAUACCAAAGGAUUUUCGCUAAAUUUUCUCUUAGAAAGAGCUCAUACCCUAUUGAAAGCAGAAAGUUGGGAUGCUUGUUACUUUGCUAUUGUGUUGGCCAUCUAUGGCGUCGUCCUGUUCCUGAAUAUGGAUGGUUUCGUAGACAUGGCUGCCAUUUGUGUUUUCCUUACUGGGAACCCAGUACCCACUUUGUUAGCAGAUGUCUACUAUUACAUAAGUCAUAGGUAUACUAAGAAGAAGGGAUUGAUUGCUUGUUGUGCUCCUUUAUUAUAUCAGUGGUUUCUAGAACAUCUUCCGAAGACAGGUGCUUGGGUUGAACAGACAGAUGUUAGUUGGCCUCAGAGAUUGGGAUCACUCCGAUCUGAGGAUCUCUCUUGGUACUCCAAAGAAUACAUCAACGUGGACAUCAUAUUCAGUUAUGGAGAUUUCCCAAAUCUACCGCUUAUCGGAACUGAAGGAUGUGUGAAUGCUAAUCCAGUUAUAUCACUCAGACAACUUGGCUACCUAGUGGAAGGCCCUCCAGAGGCAAAGUCUUUGGAAGCUUUCUUGUUACUUGACUUUGGGGUUGAGAAUCCUAGCUUAUUCCAGCGAAUCAAAGAAGCUUGGAAGAAUGUCAAUUGA